UCUGACACAUCGAGGAGGAUUUUAAUAACACGGCAAGAUACAGACGGUAAACGCUGUCAUGAUGAUGAAUAUUUAACUAUAGCCUACACAGGAUUGUAGUACAACAAUAACAAGUGACUAAAAGUUGGAAAGACUGAGAAUAUUUUUAAUUUUACUACAACAGCAGCAGCGAGCUAGUCGCCACCUCACAAGUAUCUUCCUGACUUCUGAAUCAUUCUGCCAAGAGUGGAAACUAUCCGAGCUGACUGCUGCCUUCGACACUCCCUCUCCUGCACUCUCCGAACAGGCUUUUCUGCUGACUGACAUGGCGAGUAGCCUCGUCUCGAAGCUUUUUCGCCCCCCUGUGUUCACACAGCUUGCGUCUCUCCGCUCGGGCUGCGUGUUUCGGGGGAAGGCGGCGGCGGCUGUGGCGGGGAUCAAACAUUUCUCCAGCGAUCCGCCAGCGGAGAAAAUCAGUCGCUAUCCGGUUCCUUACAAGAAAGACCUUCCUUAUGACAUAGUGGAGCUUAUGGAGGAAGUUGAGUCAAAGGGAGGCUUUUUGCCCAAUGUCUUCAAAGUCCUCUCUCAUAGACCAGCAGAGUUCAGAGCCUUCUUCGCCUACUACAAUGAGCUAAUGAACAAAGAGACAGGCAGGUUAACUAAGGCAGAUCGUGAACUGAUUGUAGUGGCUACCAGUACCCACAACAAGUGCCUAUACUGUGUGGUAUCCCACAGUGCACUGCACCGCAUCUACUCGAAGAAACCCACUCUUUCUGAUCAGGUCACUGUUAACUAUGAGAGUGCAGAGCUGUCACCUCGGGAGCAUGCCAUGCUGGACUUUGCGAUGGCUGUGUGUCGCAGCGACAGCAUCACAGAGCAGCAUUUCCAGUCUUUGGAGGAAGUGGGCUUUGACCGUGAGGACGCCUGGGACAUCGCUGCCAUUGCGGCUUUCUUUGCCAUGUCCAACCGGCUCGCCCACCUCACCGAUAUGAGGCCAAACUUAGAAUUUUAUAAUAUGGGCCGUGUGCCACGGGACAAGAGCAAGGACAAGUGAAAAAGCAGUAGGAAGAUGAUCAGAGGUCAAAGGCCAUAUGUGACACUGCAGCUAAAAGUGUGCUGGUUCUGUUUGUUUUUUUUUCUCCCUCUCAUGUGAACAGUCAGUCAGAUGUUUACCAGAUCUUCAGGUAUGCAACCUAAAAGCAAUUUAAAUUGAACGUUAACACUGGAAUUUGUGUGUCCUGAAAUCAUAAUUUAGGUUGCAACAAGGCUGAGAUAACAGGCAUUUAGAAAUGAGAUGUUACUGGAAUUGAAACCCUCCAGUUUGAAAAUUGUCUGUAAAACUGAGGAUUUUGUAAACAUCACCAUGUUUCCUUUGUAAUCCUUGUGUGUGUGUGUGUGCAAACGUGCAGUUGGUGUGUUGAUUUAGAUGAAAAAGAGCCAUGAGACAAUCAGAGUUCGUGAGAUGUGCGCCUUCCUGGGGGUUUGUUACUGGCCCAGACAUGUGACAUUGGUGACUUAAUUGAAAUCCUUUACCGCUGUGUCUGUCUGCUUAUUGACCUUCACAUUUUGAAUUUUAGGUACUUACGUUUAUUCACUGGACACUUGCCAUAUGGUGGGGAAAAGUUAAUAUUUUGCAGCUAGUUGUCCAUUAGGUUAUAUUUAAUGACACAAUUUCAAAGUUGGAUUUUAACUCCCAUAAAUUGGGUUUGUUCAUUUGUUGUUUCCUUACUCGCCAGCUGAAAGCGCUCUGUAGUUUCUUGAUACAUUCUUACUCACUGUUAAUUCUUAUGUUCUAAAGUUCUAAAACAACCACUUAUCUAAGCCUUCCCUUUGUCUCUGAAAUAAACCAAUAUGUUUCCUGAUAA